UGAAAAGCCGAAAAACCGCUUUAGGAAUGAAGAUUGAAACACACGUAAUUAACUUCAAUAAACAAUUUUUUUUGUCCUUUUGAUAACGUGGUCACCUUGCUUGAUUGCCAUUGAGGUACAAAUUCCAUCCUUGUAUGCUAAGUAUAUAUUGACUUUCCACACUCUUUCAAACUUCAUAAACCAGUCUCACCUACACCGUCUCUUUCUUCUUUGACUCUUCAAAAUCAGCAUAGCAAAAAAAUGGAGCUUCAAGAAUCAAUCAGCAACCAAACAGACAUAUCCUUAACACUAUCCAAACAUGUUUUUUCCAACGAGGUUAAUAAAGGUGACAACGCCAACAUGGUGUUCUCCCCUUUGUCGAUCCAUGUAGUAUUGGGUCUCAUUGCUUCCGGUUCAAAUGGCACGACCCGAGACCAGUUACUCAGUUUCCUUAAAUCGAAAUCUGUUGAUGAAAUCAACUCGCUUGCUUCUCAGCUUGUUGAUGUUGUCUUUGUUGAUGGUAGUGCAGUUGGUGGGCCCCGUCUUUCUGUUGCUAAUAGUGUUUGGGUUGAACAGACUUUGCCUCUUAAGCAUUCUUUCAAACAGAUUGUCGACAAUGUUUAUAAGGCUGCUUCUGAGUCUGUUGAUUUUCAGAACAAGGCUGUUGAGGUUGCCAGUCAAGUGAAUCAAUGGGCUGAAAACAAAACAAGCGGGCUUAUCAAAGAAAUUCUUCCAGCUGGCUCAGUUGACAGUUCAACCAGACUUGUGUUUGCAAAUGCAUUGUAUUUUAAAGGAGCCUGGGAUGAGAAGUUUGAUGCAUCAGUGACCAAGGAAAGUGAGUUCCACCUUCUCAAUGGGACAUCUAUUCAAGUGCCAUUCAUGACUAGCAAGAAGAAGCAAUAUGUAAAAGCUUUUGAUGGUUUCAAGGUGCUGGGCCUUCCGUAUAAACAGGGUGAGGAUAGGCGUCGUUUCUCCAUGUACUUCUUUCUGCCUGACGCGAAUGAUGGACUGCCAGCUUUGGUAGACAAGGUCAGUUCCGAAUCCCAAUUCUUGGAGCGACACCUACCAUAUCAGAAGGUUGGAGUUGGUGAAUUUCGUAUCCCCAAAUUUAAAAUAUCAUUUGGGUUUGAAGCUUCUAACGUUCUGAAAGGGCUUGGCGUGGUAUUGCCUUUCUCUGGUGAUGGCCUCACAGAGAUGGUGGACUCCCCUGUUGGCAGUAACCUUUAUGUUUCUAGCAUCUUUCACAAGUCCUUUAUUGAGGUAAAUGAAGAGGGAACAGAAGCUGCAGCUGCAGCUGCUGGUGUCGUUAAACUAAGAGCAUUGAUGGUGGAUGAAAAAGUAGACUUUGUUGCCGAUCAUCCGUAUCUCUUCCUGAUUAGAGAAGAUGUGACGGGCGUGGUACUUUUUGUUGGUAGUGUGCUUAAUCCUCUCGCAGAGUAAGCCAUAUUCCACUAUGUAUAUGGAGGCUUAUGUAUGUUGUUUGCGUCUUUUUGUAUUGCAUGGACUUCUUUGGUGCCCAGAGUUAGCUCAAACUGCCUUUUUAUCUUAUCAAGGAGUGUUUCACGUACCAUUCAAGAAUCCCUCUUCUUUCAGAUAUUGUGAGUAAAUUUGUCAACUACUCUUCGUACGAUUGAAGUCAGUGUAACUUGUAUGCCCUGCAGUGUACUUUGAAAUAAUUGACAUCAAAGGUUCUAUCUAAUACUUGAGUUUCCAGUUA